UUGCAGGAGCCGGGGAGGACUCAGCGUCGCACGAUCAGCUCCACUCGCCCCUUGGGGUGCAGACCCGCCGGGAGCCAGGUGCUUGCUAGGACCAGGGCAGGAAAAAAACAAACCCUGGCCUGCUGCUCCCGGAGCGGGAACGGAGAAGUCGGACGGGAGGCUGCAAGGCAGAGCUGCCUGCGAGGUUGAUGAUGGCUUGGCUGGCGUAGAGACCUCAUCAGGGGAGGAGCAGCCAGCCGCCGCUAGAGAGGAGCCUCCAGGCACGCGGGAAUUGGCUGCGGGACACAAAGGGAGUUGCAGACGGGAGGAGAGUUUCCUCAGAGGUGCCUGCUGCGAAGGAGGGAUGUGGCUGCUGUUGCUUUGGGAAUAGGAGAGAAACCGGUAGAAACCGGCAGGAGGAGGGAGAGGAAGAGAGGCAGAGUUCUGUAUACUAUGGGAUGGAAGAAGGAGAGAACAAAUAUGAGUCCCAACUCAAGGAUGUUUACGACAGCUGUGAUACCACAGGCGCUGGAUAUUUGGAUAAAGAGGAGCUGACAGAACUAUGCCGUAAAUUGCAUCUGGAAAUACAGCUACCCUUGCUCUUGGAAACACUCUUAGGAAAUAACCCCUUGGCUAGAGUUAACUUUGAAGAAUUUAAGGAAGGCUUUGUGACCAUUUUGUCUUCAAGCAUCAAUCUUGGUGUUUCUGAUGAUGAGAGCAGCUACUUGGAGCCAGUUGUUCCAGAAGAAGUGAAGCCCAAGUUUACCAAUGGAGCCAAGUGUUAUGGUCGCCGGACAAAGCCAGAAUUCCAGGGCACCAAGUUGGAACCCCCCAAAUAUUUACAAGAACAGCAAGCAAAAGCAAAUAUUAAAAGCCAGUUGAGACGGUCAGCAUCCUUGGAGAGUGUUGAGAGCCUUAAAUCGGAUGAAGAUGCUGAAAGCAAUAAAGAACCACUACAUGAGUUAUUUGAGGGUCAAGGCCCAGUGUGCCCCUGGGAUGAUGAUGGUGGCCCCAGAAAAACCAGAAAAACCUCUGGAUCUUAUUUUGAUAUGACUGAGAAUCAGGUUCGGGACAUCUGGGAAGAUCUUGGAAUAGGAAACAGUGGGUAUCUUGACAAGCAAGAGCUGGCUAUUGUUUGUAAGAACAUUGGACUCAAAGAGCUGAAAAAAGAGGAACUUGAAGAACUGUUUAAUAAAUUGGAUUGUGAUGGAGAUGGAAGAGUAAGUUUCAAGGAAUUCCAUCUUGGCUUGUUCAGCCACAGCCCUGUUCCUUAUCCAACAUCUUCCACACCCCUCAAACCAAAAUGGUCACAAAGCUAUCAGAUUUUCAAAGAUGGACAUAGAAGCACAACUCCAUCUUUCCUAUCUGGCUGUGUGGGCUUGAAUUUUUUCUCCAGCAUUGAUGAUGGUGAUGGCUUUGCAAGUCCUGAGCAGGUUGUCUCCAUCUGGGCCCAGGAAGGUGUUGAAAACUGCAAGGAGAUCCUUAAGAGUUUGAAUUUCAACAUGGAGGAAAAGGUGAACCUGUUGGAACUGUCUAUGGUCCUUGAUGAUGAACUAAUGACUUCCAAGAGUGGAAUUCAGCAAGCAGCUGUUGCCUCCUGUAGACAUGAACUUCACUAUCUAGAAGCUCAGGUGGAACAGAUCUCCUUGGAAAGAGACAAAGCGAGAAUCGAUUUGGAAAAGGCAGAGAAGCGAAACCUGCAGCUUUUAAAAGAGGUGGAUGAUCACCACAGUGCCAUGGAGUGCCAGAAUCAGAGUAAAUUGAAAGACCUUGAACAAGAUUACAGAGGAAAACUGACUGGUCUGAAGUCUGAAGUAGAGAUGGAGAGAGAGUUGCUCUUGGAUCAAGUGAAUCAUCAGAGAUACAAGUUGGAAGCUGAUAUAAAAUCUCUUCAGGGGGAAGAGUCUAUCCUAAGGGAAAAGCUGACUUUGGUGAUAAAGGAAAACAGUCGCUUACAAAAUGAAAUUGCAGAAGCGGCUCAAAAGCUUUCUGAAUCUGAGCAACAAGUACUGAAACUACAGAAGGAUCUGGAUUUCAUGUUGAAAGACAAGUUGGGAAUGCUGGAUCCACAAAGCAUAGACUUCUUUGAUCAAGAGGAACGUUUUGCUGUGAUUAUUAAAGAAUAUGAACGACAGUGUCGGAGGGUGAAGGAAUUGCGUGACAUUAAUGAUGAAUUACAAAUGGAGGUGGAAAAACUGCAUUCCCAACUUCAGGAAAGCAACAGGCAUAAUCUGGCCUGGCAUAAAAUGAAAGCCAACAAAUCAGGGGCAGUGCUUCUCCCUGACAGUGUGAGAAGUCGAGUUACAGACAAUAUGCAAAGAGAAGGUCAGCUCCGUGAACAUGAGCAUGUGCCUGUUACAGGCCAACGUGGCGUAUCUGAUACCUAUUCAGUAAGUCUAGAGAUGGAGCUGCUAGUAGAAGAACUGAAAGAUCAGCAUCAAGAUCUGAAAAUACAGCUGGAAACCAAGGUCAAUUACUAUGAAAGGGAAAUUGAGUUAAUGAAAAUAAACUUUGAGAAGGAACGAAAAGACAUUGAACAAGGCUUCAAGAUGGAGAUUAGUGAACUGGAGGAACAGAAAAGUGAUCUGGAAGAGCUGAAUGUGAAAUGCCAAGAGGUAAUUCAUGGCUUGAAAGAGCAGCUCCAGAAACUAACACCAGUCCAAGAACUUGAGAAGAGGUUUGAGGAGGAGGUGACAGAGAUGGAACAGUACUAUGCCAAAGAAAUGUCCAAGUUAGGACAGAGGCUGGCCCAGGAAACUGACCAAUUGCAAGAUGAAAUGAAAAGGAAGCACGAGACUGAGAUGCAUCUAAUGAGAAUGGAACUCCACAGGGUGCUAGAAGACAGUGAGCUCCUAAAGAAUAAAGUGGAAAGACUUCAGCAACAAGUGGUGGAUGCUGAUGAAGCAAAUAAAAAGCACCGAAAACACAUUGAUGAACUGAACAUGGACAAAGAGAAGGCCAGGAGUGAAAUGGAAGAAUUAAAUCGAUUGAACAAGCAGUACAAAGAAGAGAUAUUCCAGUUAAGUGCCGGGACUAGUCAGCUGAGCCACAAACUCUCUGAACUAAGCAGCAAUAAAAAAGCCGAUCAGAGUGCAGUCCAUCUACUGAAUCAGAGGUUGGCUGAGCUGGAGAGUGAAAAAGAGCAUGAAGCUGCUGUUGCCAAGCAACUUCAAGAGGCCUCUGCUGAAUUGGCAAAGGAGCGUCUCCAGCAACAGUUGGCCUGGCAGGGAGAGAAGGCCCUGCUGGAACAAGAGCUAAAGAUCUCUAGAGAAAAGGCCAGCCAAUCUCAGGAACUGGAGGCUGAAUUGGAGCAUUUGACCCAGGAAUGUCGGAUGCUGCGACUGUCAAAGGCACAGCUGCAUGAAGAAUUGGAAGAAUGCCGGGAUCAGCUGUUGGAAGCCAACACCAGCUUAAGCCUAGCACAGUCUCAGCAGGUACAGGAGCUGCAGGUGUUAAGAAGCCAGGUGGAAAAUUCUGUGCCUAAAGUCUGCCUCGCUGAGCUACAAAACAGGCUGACAGGAGAAAAGGAAAUGGUCAGGCAGUUGCAAAGAGAGCUGAAAUUCCAGGCACAGCAGAUGAGACAACAGUUAGCCACACAUCAGGAAGACCAUGCAAAAUCCUGUAGCUUAAUGGAGGAAAGGAUAGAGGAGCUGGAGCUGAACAUGAAGAAUUCACAAAUUAUGCUUCAGGAAAAAGUAUCCCAACUCAAGGAGCAGCUUGAAAAAAAUGCUAAGUCUAAUUUGUUGCUGAAAGACCUGUAUGUUGAAAAUGCCCAGCUUAUGAAAGCUUUACAGGUUUUGGAGCAGAGGCAAAAGAGCAUAGAAAAGAAGAACGUCACCCUGGAAGAAAAAAAUUCAUCUCUGAACAAAAUCAUCACAGAAAUCACUCUGGCAUCACAAUGAACAAAGGAAUCUGCUGUUUAGUUCUGUUUAUUUAAACUGGAAAAGACAAUCAAUAGAAGAGACAAUUGUUAUGUAUUUCAAAUCUUGGCAAAAGAAGUGUUUUGUUGAAGUCUUUCACAGGUCUCAAAGUCCAUGCCAUGUGGAUAAUCUCAGUUUCUCCUAGAGCUAGAUCUGGGAUGCCCCUAUACCAGAAGGCACAGCAACUUGCAGAAGAAAAAUACUCUCAGGGAGAAGUUGAAAGGUGCAGAGAUGCUGUCCAAGAAGAAUUGGUGACAAUAAAGUGCCCAUUUCCCCCCAUUUUUUUCCAAUGGAAAAACUAAAGCUUUUAGUGCCUUUUGGAUAAAGUCCCAGAAGCAGACUUUUUUGAUUUCGAUUCUGUCUCAGGACUGGAUAUUUACUGUUAUAGUAAUGUUUUUGUAUCUCCUCCUUCCUCACUUGUCUAUACACUGGCUUGUAUUAUAUGUACAGUUUUCUACAAGUAUAUAAUCAAUCACCCCUUUAGUCACAUCCUAUAUUGUUUGGGCAGAUCUGAUAUAAAAUGGAAAGAAUGUGCUGUACUUAUUCUUUAUUCGGGUAAAACCUGACAUUUUUAAAUUAAAUUGUAUUUAUACUGCUUA